CGCUUCGUGAGUCGUUAAGUCAAAUAUAACCACCCAGCUGGCUUUGGGUCCAGACUGCCGGGAGCACCUCCCCGGGUUGACUUUUUCAUCCGUUCUAAUAGGCCGCCAUGACAGAUGUUCGAUGUGGAAAUGGCCUGUUCAGCCGGAAUGUAGGAAACCAUCCGGUAGCCCCUAUUUCGCCAGGCGUUUGCGCUCUCGCCACCUGUGCUGCACGGCAAAGGGGGAGGAGAAGAAUAUUGACAUAAGCGCGUGCUUGGUAGCGCAAACUGAGACACUCAGAAUUGGCGAUCGGCAAGCCUACGACGUACGAAGGGACUGACCAAGGAAUGUGGCGGUUUGGUUCAAGAUGCUCCCGAAUUUAACCCUCGGCCGUGGCACCCGGGGUCGUAACGGUAACGAAUCCAGCCAACCGGUGUCUGCCAGCUCCGCUCCCGAUUCCCAACUGGGAAGCCUUCUAGAAGCACGGAAUCGGCCUUCUGACACACGGGCGGAGAGGGGCCAAACCAGGUCCAUUCUUGGCCCCGACGGGCCGACCCCGCGGCUCGUCAACCACAUCCAAGUUGCCGGGCGAGCUGAUCUCAUUGAAAGUUACGUGGCAUCAGCAAGGCUUCAUCAUCGGCUUGGCCCGGACAUUUUCAGGGUUUUGGGUUCGCAGAUUCCAGAAAGGCAAUGUUGGGGAGCUCUUCGGUUUGCAGGGGUUCUACUGUGUAGUGUAAUGCAGGAAGUCAAGGGGUGCAGCCUGCAGAAACGCAAACACACAGACCUUCCCCUGCAGCUUGAUCGAAUUUGGGUCCGCCUUGCACAGACAAAGGCGGGAGAUCGUUAUCGAAGAGAGUGUCGCUAUCCGCAGCCACAAAUUUGAGAUGAUGCUCAGGGGCAAUCGCCUGGCUAUCUCUUUCUUUUUCUUACUUCUUUUUUUCCUCAGAUUGGAUGUGGGUGGGCUAGGACGUUGGCUGUGGAACCUCCAAGUGCCGCCUACGUCUCGGCCUGCUGUCCGUCG